ACUAUUACGACGUCGUAUUCGUAGAAUACAGAAAACUAAUCUGAAACCUAUUCCAGAAAUCGCCACCGUUGCGCCACCAUGAGCAGCGCCAAAUCCCGCAACUUCCGCCGCCGUGCCGUCGAAGACGAAGAUGAAGACGGCCACAGCUUCUCAACUCCGACGGUCUCCAAAAUCAACGGCGGCGCUUCCACCACGAGCAGCAAACCCUCCGCCAACAAACCCAAAAAACCAACCUCUCAGCCCCCCGUCAAAAGCCUCCUCUCCUUCGCCGACGAUGACGAGGAGUCCCCCUUUUCUCGCCCCCCAUCCAAGCCCCCCUCAUCGUCGUCCUCUUCGCGCAUCAACAAAUCUUCCGCCCACAAGCUCACCUCCUCAAAAGACCGAAUUGCCCCUCACCCUCCAUCCACCUCCCUCCCCUCAAACGUCCAGCCCCAAGCCGGACUCUACACCAAAGAAGCCCUCCUAGAGCUUCAGAAAAACACCAAAACCUUCGCCGCACCCGCCCGUAACAAACCCAAACCCGACCCGGAACCUGUAGUAAUCCUAAAGGGUUCGAUAAAACCCAUAAAUUCGACCGACUCGAACUCUGAAGCUAAUGGUAGAGGUGAAGUGGGCUUUGAUCAAAAGCGCCAAGGUUUGAGUGCCGAUAGAAACGACGCAGAAUCCCGAUUGAAGGACAUUGCAUUAGGGCCAGAUUUAGGGGAUGAUAAUGAAGUUAUGCCGGAUCAAACAAUGAUCGAUGCAAUUAAGGCGAAGAGGGAGAGGUUAAGACAGGCCAAACCCGCAGCUCCGGAUUACAUAGCAUUGGAUGGCGGGAGUAAUCACGGCGAAGCCGAGGGUUUGAGCGAUGAGGAGCCUGAAUUUCAAGGGAGGAUUGGUUUCUUCGGUGAGAAGAUCGGAGGGCGUGAUAGUAAGAAGGGUGUUUUUGAGGAUUUUGAGGAGAGGGCUAUGUCGAAAGAGAGGGGAAUCGAAACGGAUGAUGAUGAAGAGGACGAGGAGGAUAAGAUGUGGGAGGAAGAGCAGGUGAGGAAAGGGUUGGGAAAGAGGCUAGAUGACGGUGUUGGUAGUGUUAAUAGUAAUGUUAGCGGUGUAAAUAGCAUUAGUGUGAUGCAUCCUCCGUCGAAAAACGUUGGAGGGGCGGGGGUCGAUAUAUUUGGUAUUGAUGAUAUUUCGAUUUCUCAGCAAGCCGAGGUUGCCAAGAAAGCUCUGACUGAGAACUUGAGGAGGGUUAAGGAAUCCCAUGGCAGAACAAUGAUGUCGUUGGCAAAGAGUGAAGAAAAUUUAUCUUCAUCAUUGCGGAAUGUUCUUAGCUUAGAGGAUUCUUUGGCUGCCGCCGGUGAGAAGUUCGUCUUUAUGCAAAAGCUCCGUGAGUUUGUUUCUGUUUUAUGUGAGUUUCUGGAGCAUAAAGAUUUUGAGAUCGUGGAACUUGAAGAACGAUUGCAGAAUCUUCAUGAAGAGCGUGCAAGAGCCAUCGAAAAAAGAAGAGCAGCAGAUAACGAUGACGAGAUUUCUGAAAUAGAGCAAGUUAUUGCUGGUAGUAAUGCAAGAGCAGUUAAAAGUGUGCCUGUUGAACUGGACGAAUUCGGAAGAGAUGUUAAUCUGCAAAAACGUAUGGAUAUCUCGAGAAGGAGGGAAGCUAGACAAAGACGAAGAGCCAAAGCUGAUUCCAAGAGAAACUCUGCCAUGGAAAAAGAUGGUUCCGUUCAACAAAUGGAAGGAGAGUUAAGCACCGAUGAAAGUGACAGUGAGAGUACAGCUUACGAGUCACACCAUAAGGAAUUACUUAAAUGCGCUGACGAUAUCUUCAGUGAUGCAGCUGAGGAGUAUUCUGAAUUUUCGAACGUGGUUGAAAGAUUCGAGACAUGGAAGAAAGAAUAUGGAUCGAGCUACCGUGAUGCUUAUAUGUCGAUGAGUAUACCCGAACUUUUCUCACCUUACGUGAGGCUGGAGCUUGUGAAGUGGGACCCACUUCACGGAGAUGCAGAUUUUAUGGAUAUGAAAUGGCAUUCCUUGCUAUUCAACUAUGGUGAAAACGGAAUCAGUGGAGAGAAUGCAGAGGACGAUGCCGACACAAAUCUUGUUCCCCAAUUGGUUGAAAAAAUUGCAAUUCCGAUUCUACACCACCAGUUAGCGUAUUGUUGGGACAUCCUUAGUACUCGUGAAACAAAGUUUGCUGUCUCUGCUAUGAACUUGGUCAUGACUUACGUAGAUCACUCCAGUUCGGCUCUUGGGAACUUAAUACCCGUUCUUCGUGAUCGUCUCACCAAAGCUGUAGCUGACUUGAUGGUGCCUACGUGGAGCCCGCUUGAAAUGAAGGCUGUACCGAAUGCAGCAAGAGUUGGGGCGUAUAGAUUUGGUACAUGUGUUCGUUUGAUGAGGAACAUAUGCUUGUGGAAUGGGAUUCUCGAUAAGCCCGUACUUGAAAAGAUUGCUCUUGACGAACUUUUAGGCAGGAAAAUUCUUCCUCAUCUUCACAGCAUAAGUUCAAACGUACACGAUGCAGUUAUACGGACAGAGAGGGUUAUUGAUUCAUUAUGCGGUGUGUGGACAGGCCCUGGCGUUGCAGGGGAUAAGAGAAAGUUGCAGCCAUUGGUGAAGUUCUUGCUGUUGAUAGGAAAGACACUGGAGAAAAGGCAAGCUUCGAGUGCAGUGGAAACUGAAUCAGGUUCACUCGUUCGAAGAUUGAAGAAAAUGCUUGUGGAUCUGAAUGAGUAUGAUCAUGCAAGAGAAUUAUCGAGAAAAUUUAAUCUCAAGGAGGCACUCUGAAUUCGCUCUCUCCGUAACGUAAAUCAAUUUUGAGAAUACACUUACUGCGUGUGCAUAGAGAUCAUCUUUAAGAAAAAAAAGGGGCUUUCUCAUAUGUAUACAGUCCUCUGUUUGUAAUUUGGAAUAGGCUAAUUCGAAGCUUUUUUGUUCUUACUUUAGUUGUCGCCUGUCGGUACACUUUAAUUGAUGUAGAAACGAAAGGUUCCUUCACGAGCACUUACGAUAUCGUAAUAUUAUUUGAUCUCCAUGUUAUUUAC